CUCAGCCGAUCGGCCAGCGGCAUGGAGGAGGAGGUUGUCGGUGGGUGCAACGUUCAGGCGGCCGAUCGAACGGUGCCUUCGACACUCAUCGGCGGUCAGGCAGCGGCCUCCGAGGGCGACAGGAAACGGGAGCAAGAGAAACUCUCCGGGGUGGUGAAGAAUGUCCAUAGAAAGCUGCGCAAGAAAUAUCGAGAAGUUGGAGAUUUUGACAAGAUUUGGCGUGAACACUGUGAAGAUGAAGAAACUCUAAGUGAAUAUGCCGUUGCAAUGAAGAAUUUGGCAGACAAUCAUUGGGCUAAAAGCUGUGAGGGCGAAGGACGGAUUGAAUGGUGUCGCAGUGUUUGUCAAGAAUAUUUUCUGAAUGGCGGAAUGAAGAGAGUACUUGAAAAAGAUGAGAAAAGAGCUCGUCUUGCUAUUGCCAUGGCUACUCCAAUGUUCAGUAUGCAAACGUCUGAAAAGAACGAUGAUCAUUCUGCCACUAAUGGUGUAGUGACGGGUCUGGAUACUGCUAUUGCGAAUUUAGUAUGCUUUUCAGGAAAGAUCAGAUUGCUGGAUGUUGGAAGCUGUUUUAAUCCAUUUUUGAAGUUUGAUGAAUUUCUAGCAGUUGGCAUUGAUAUUGUGCCUGCUGUGGAGAGUGUGUAUAAAUGUGAUUUCCUCAAUCUUCAGUUGCAGCAGCCACUCCAGCUCGCUCAAGAUACAAUAGACGCCUUUCUCAAACAGCUAAAAAAUCCCAUUGACUCACUCCCAGGAGAACUGUUCCAUAUUGUUGUGUUUUCCCUUCUGCUGUCUUAUUUUCCUGCCCCUUAUCAACGCUGGAUCUGCUGUAAGAAAGCCCAUGAACUUCUUGCACUCCAUGGUUUACUCUUAAUAAUCACACCUGAUUCCUCUCACCAAAACCGUCAUGCCUAUAUGAUUAAGAGCUGGAAAAUUGCUAUAGAAUCACUGGGAUUCAAAAGAUAUAAAUAUGUGAAGUUCUCCCAUAUGCACCUCUUGGCUUUUAGGAAAAUUUCCCUGCAGACAACAAGUGACCUGGUCAGCAGAAAUUACCCAGAAAUGCUGUUUAUACCACAGGAUUUCAACAAUGUGGAUGAAGAAGAGUGCUCAGAGACUACUUGUCAAGAUCGGUCAGAAAGUGAGGAUGACCAGAUAGCUUACAGUUUUAUGGAGCUCCCUGAUGCUCCGUAUGACUCGGACUCGGGAGAGAGCCAAGCUAGCUCUAUUCCAUUCCAUGAACUGGAAGAUCCAGUUUUGCUUCUAAGCUAACCUAAAACUUACGAUUAAUUUGCUGCCAGAGCUACUGUGUUGCCAAAAUAAUUCUGCAUUGCAUAACUCUUGUAUUAUAUACAGAACAUGCAGUACAGUUUGCACAUAGAAAAUGAGAAACGUUUACAAAGUGGGCUACUCUUUCACAUGUUAGAAAAAUGAAGGUAUGUGAGGAGUGUAUAAAUAGAACAAACACUUUGUCAUGAAGGCAACAAGUGUGAAUCACAGAAAGAAGCUUACUUCUUAAAUAGUAUGGUAAUGUAAAUGUCAGAUGCUGCAAUAGAGUUUUGUCAUCUUUGUCAACUGAAAAUUAACCUAGCGAUCUUGAUGUCAAGUGGCAAUGUCAUUUACAUCGACAACUACAGCAUAAACAGCAAAACUAUAAAUAUUUCAAUUGACCUGAUGGUACCUAAAUCAAAAAGGGGAUAUCUACCAGAGUGAUUAUUGUUUUACCAUUCUAGAAUUCUAACUUUUACUUGAGAGAUCACUUUGUUGUGCUCCUAUUUGGCUCGCAUUACCAAAUUACUUGUAGCCUAGGACAUUAUCUAAACUGCAAAUCAAUUCUGGUGCAUUUGUUGUUUCCCCUUAUUUGUUACAGUAGUUUAUUGGAAAGAGAAUGCAAACAAAAAUUUAGGAAGUUCAAGCUUCUGCUGACUGCAUUUAAAUAGGCUAUAAUUCACACUACUUUUGUGUGUAAUUGUGCAGUUAGUCCCACAAAAAUCAAUGUUAAAUUAUCUUGACAAUUUUCUCUGUUCAGCUUUUGAACAAACAGGCAUUGGGUCUUGUUGAAAGACGUGCUGUCUUGUCCUUGCAACCUUUGGCUGAUGACCUUACUUGAAAAAACAUCUGUGGUGUGCUAGCAAUUUGUAAUAAGAAAAUUGAGAAAUAAAAGAAGUUUCUUUGCAAAUAAUUACAUGCCACAAGAAGGUUGCUACUUGUACAAAUUACUAAUUAACAUGUUGUGUCAUUUCCUGGCACCUCAAACAGAAAUGAUUAAUAUUACCUAUGUACAUGCAGAUGUUUGCCUGAAAAUAAUUUGCAUCAAGAAAGAUUGCAAAAUAUGUUUAUUACUUCCUGAUGGGAAUAUGCAUUCCUUUAUUUAGUACCAUAUAAAUUAGCAGAUGCAUAAAUACCCUUCCCUUCUACUGAAAGUGCAAUCCACUGUGCCUUUCUUGAUCCAGUGAGUAUCCUCGUCUGCUUUAGAGUUGGUUGUAUGCUUCUUCUUAAAUGUAAGUGAUAGAUUAGGUUUAUGUUGGUGCUGUCAAUUCGGUUUGAGAAAUUUACACUAAUUUAAUAUCUGACCGUUUUCUUGUUUUCCAUUUGUACUGUUCAAUUUUGUAUUUUAACCAAAUCCCUUGAAAAAUUUAUAUAACCUAUGACAAUGGUCACUUAUAAAACAUUCCAUUGACUAAUGAUUCUUUGCAUGUAAAACAAAAGCUUGAAAUAUACCCUCUUUUCAUUCUCUGGGCAGUAUUCUGAAUUUGCAUCCACUUGGCACUAGUUUUUCCACACUUCCUCAAAACUAAUAUUCUGCCAUUUCACCAAUUUCUGGCCAAUACUUGUGCUCAAAGAUCAUCAAAAUGCUUCCUGCAGGAGAUAUUGAAAGUCAGCUGUGCUGCUUGGUUCCUUUUAAAUAGAUACAUAAAGAGUUUGCAUGGUUGAAUGAAGUGCUCUGAAGGGGAAAUGGAUCCCUUGUGUCAUUUAGUUUGCAAAUCUACUUAUGGCACUAUAAAUUGAAGAACUUUCAAGACAGUUGCACUUUGUGGAAGUGAUUAAGGAAAAUAUUUUCCCACAGUUAAUUCCUUGCUUAAUCUUUUAUUUGGAUUCCUGGGCACUUAGGACUAGCUAACUUGCCCCUUGAUUCUUGACAUUUGCACUUAAAUAUGCCUCUUUGAAUGCUUUUAAACUACAAAUGUUACAGUAGAAUCAUAGUGCUGUGGUUAAAAUGUAAAUGUGAGCUGAGCCUGGUUGUGGCAUGUUCUUACAUAAAAAUGAAUCAGAGUAAAUACUCCUGAAAGGAUAAGCUCUCUGCAUUGCUAAACAUCUGAUUAAUAUUAUACUGUUUUAGCAUUGAAAGAGUCAAGAUAAUUUUGCAUCAAUGCUACAUUUGAAGCAUGAAUAUACCCAAACAUUUAUUUACCAAAAAUAGCAAUUUUCAGGAAAUGCUGCCAUCAGUACUUCUGAAUGUUCUAAGAGUAUAAUUAUCUGCAGUAGCUUAGUGUUUUCUCUGUAAAUUAAUUACAAUUUUAUAGUGAAUUUUUGUUUUGAUAUAUUCAUUAAGGACUCUUAAAAAUUCUGAGCUAUUUUAAUAAAAUAAUCAUCACAAACUUUCAUCUGCCUUUUUAAAAAUAUAUAUUAGAGUACUGUUUUAUUGUUUGCCUGCUUACUUUGUUAAACAAGGAUCCACAGCACUAUUUUCAUCUCUUAACAAAUGAAUUGGCAAAUGAGGGGGAGGGAAAUACUGUAGUAGAUAAUGAAUGCUCAGAUGAAACAUAUUUCAUUAUCAGUGAUUGAAUUACCAGAUGAUCAUUUUCAAUUCCUAUCUUAAAUCAUUUAUGGUUUUGAAAAAUAACAAAGUUGGCAUUAAUUUAUUUUCUGACAUUUAAUUCUGAUAAAAGGUCUGGAAACAGACUUCCAAUGUAGUACUGAUUCAAAUGGAUUUGGUUAUUCAUUUGGAGUUUUGGUAAUUGCAGAUAAAACCACUAAUCAAACUAUUUGAUUCUACAAAAGUAGUAUUAAUCUUAAAUGUGCAAAUUUAAAAGAUUCUCAUAAACAAAUUUAAAUAUAAAGGCCAGUUAAUACUUUUUUUUACUGUAAAAUAAACAGGUUAAUUCAAAUUUUUCACAAAAAUACACUUUUUUACAUAUCAGCACUACAAUAAGGAUAAAACAUUGUUGAAAUGUGAAAAUAGGGAACAAUUUACUUGAUAUUCCAAAAAAUGUUGCGAAGUAUUCUGUUCAACAGCCAAAGGUUAGCAGGUAAAAUGGCAUUUUGGAGAUGCCACUGUGUGGAAUUGUCUCGGUGUUGCAUUUUGUGAAAAGUUUACCUCAAUGAGGCUUUGCACUUAAACCUUCUGAUUUGGGUUAGAACUAUUUUGCUCCAGCUGAUACACCAUUUUCUCUUUUAAUUGUUUAAAUUUAUUUUCUUGUUAUUUUCUAUUAUACAAAUUAAAAUUUUGCAUAUGUGAUGUGCUUAACAAUCUUUUUGUAUUGCUUUUCUACUUUCAUUAUUAAACAUUGUACUGUGAAUAAGGAUCCACCAUAGAUGCCAAAGACUAAAGUGGCAUUUUGUUUGGUUGGGUUUCCAUUUUCAAAAGAUUAGUUAGCACCUCACCAAUUUGAAGUGUCAAUGUCCAUUGUUUCAAAGGAACAUACAUUUUCAGAAAAUAAAUCUUUGUAACCACGUCUUAUAAAUUUUCAUUGUUCUUGAAUCUUGUAUAAGAGAAUAAUUAAAUUUGUAAUUAGAAUUUGUUGUAGUCUGUUGUAGUUAAUCCUCAAAGUAGUGUUAGAAUAUGAUGAUGCUAAAUCUAUGCUUUCUAAAAUGUCAAUAAGCUAAGACUACAGCAAUGAUCAAGGCGUCAGCUAGAUACAAAAUGUUCAAGCUCAACUCCAGUUACCCAUGUUCGGUUAUUAUACCAUGGCUGUUUUACAGUAUUUACAGAGGACAUAGCAAUUUAACAUCAGCUAUGGAAACUAUUGAAAGCAUUAAUGCCUUUAGUGUUGAUAAGUUGAACGGUACCUUUGGUACCAAAAUUUAAAAAAAAUAGUUUGGGUUACAAGAUCUGUAUUUGUUAAACAAUAUGUGAAAUUAGACUGAUGGUACCUUUCCUUGUUUAUUUUUAUCAACUCCACUAAAACGAAUGUGACUUUUUCUACUCUGUAAAUUUCAUUUUUUCAUACUGGAAUUGCUUAAAAUUAUUCUCAUUAACAGUCAUUUAAAAUGCAUUGUGACAUAGCCACAGUUUGAGUGUCAGCUGUGUAGUUGCUAAGGCAAUAAACUGAAAUUUACACCUAAAAAUAUUUUGAUUGUAUUUUUUUGACUGGAAUGUAAAGAGGAUAUUUAAACUAUAUUUCUCUUACCCUGCAUGAACUUGAGGUAAUCUGAAGAAUGGAUAUUUUGCCUUUAAAAUGAGUGUAAUAUAUCUCUGACAGCUGUUGUAGGAAAACAAAAAAUUACAGCAAUGUGUUGAAUGAAAAUGUUCAAAGUAAAGUUAUUAUCAAAGUACAUAUGUCACCAUAUAGAACCAUGAGAUUCAUUUUCUUGUGGGCAUACUCAAAUCUACAGAAUAAUAAUCUUAACAGAAUCAGUGGUUAAAUACCCUAGAUGGGCAGUCUUUCAGAGUGCAGAGGACAAUAAACUGCAAAUACAAAAAGAAAUAAUAUUCAUAAAUAAAUAAGCAAUAGAGAACAUGAGAUAAUGAGUCCUUGACAGUGAGUCCAUUGGUUGUGGUAAUAUUUCAGUGAUGGAGUAAGUGAAGUUAUUCCCCUUGGUUCAAGAGCCUGUUGGUUGACAGGUAGUAACUGUUCCUGGACCUGGUGGUGUAAGGACUGACAUUCUUGUACCUUUCUUCCUGAUGGCAGCAGUGAGCAGAGAGCAUGUCCAGGAUGGUGGGGGUCCCUGAUGAUGGAUACUUCUUUCCUGCAACAGCAUUGCAUGUAGAUGUGCUCAAUGGUUGGGAGCGUUUUUCCCCUGUAAUGGACUGGCCCAUAUCCACUACUUUUUGUUGGAUUUUAUGUUCAAGGGUAUUGGUGUUUCAAUACCAGGCUGUGAUGCAGCCAGUCAGUAUACUCUCCACUACAUAUCCAUAGAAAUUUGUCAGUUUUAGAAGUUAUGCCAAAUCUCUGCAAACUUAUAAGGAAGUAGAGGAGCCAUAUUUUCUUCGUAAUUGCACUUACAUGCUGGGCCUAGGACAGGUCCUCCAAAAUAUAUCACCUAGGAACUUAAAGUUGCUAACCCUCUCCACCUCUGACUCUCCAGUGCAGACUGGCUGAUGUACCUCUACUUUCCAUACCAUAUUGGGGGUAUGGUAUUGAUGUGGAUAGAGAAUUGGUUGGCAGACAGGAAGCAAAGAGUGGGAAUAAACGGGACCUUUUCAGAAUGGUAGGCAGUGACUAGUGGGGUACUGCAAGGCUCAGUGCUGGGACCCCAGUUGUUUACAAUAUAUAUUAAUGACUUAGAUGAGGGAAUUAAAUGCAACAUCUCCAAGUUUGCAGAUGACACGAAGCUGGGCGGCAGUGUUAGCUGUGAGGAGGAUGCAGGGUGACUUGGAUAGGUUAGGUGAGUGGGCAAAUUCAUGGCAGAUGCAAUUUAAUGUGGAUAAAUGUGAGGUUAUCCACUUUGGUGGCAAAAACAGGAAAACAGAUUAUUAUCUGAAUGGUGGCUGAUUAGGAAAAGGGGAGGUGCAACAAGACCUGGGUGUCAUUAUAGACCAGUCAUUGAAAGUGGGCAUGCAGGUACAGCAGGCGGUGAAAAAGGCAAAUGGUAUGCUGGCAUUCAUAGCAAGAGGAUUCGAGUACAGGAGCAGGGAGGUACUACUGCAGUUGUACAAGGCCUUGGUGAGACCAUACCUGGAGUAUUGUGUGCAGUUUUGGUCCCCUAAUCUGAGAAAAGACAUCUUUGCCAUAGAGGGAGUACAAAGAAGGUUCACCAGAUUGAUCCCUGGGAUGGUAGGACUUUCAUAUGAUGAAAGACUGGAUCGACUAGGCUUAUACUGACUGGAAUUUAGAAGAUUGAGGGGGGAUCUUAUUGAAAUAUAUAAAAUCCUAAAGGGAUUGGACAGGCUAGAUGCAGGAAGAUUGUUCCCGAUGUUGGGGAAGUCCAGAACAAGGCGUCACAGUUUAAGGAUAAAGGGGAAGCCUUUUAGGACAGAGAUGAGGAAAAACUUCUUCAUACAGAGAGUGGUGAAUCUGUGGAAUUCUCUGCCACAGGAAACAGUUGAGGCCAGUUCAUUGGCUAUAUUUAAGAGGGAGUUAGAUGUGGCCCUUGUGGCUAAAGGGAUCGGGGGUAUGGAGAGAAGGCAGGUACAGGGUUCUGAGUUGCAUGGUCAGCCAUGAUCAUACUGAAUGGCGGUGCAGGCUCGAAGGGCCAAAUGGCCUACUGCACCUAUUUUCUAUGUUUCUCUUCUGAAGUUUAUAAUUGGCUCCUUGGUCUUGCUGACAUUGAGUAAGAGGUUUCUCCACCAGAUUUUCAGUCUCCUUCCUAUAUGCUGAUUCAUCACCACCUUUGACUCAGCCUACGUCAGUGGUGUCAUCAGCAAACUGGAAUAUGGCAUUGGAGCUGUACUUAAUUUUGAGGAGAUGAUAGUAUUGAAUUCUGAGCUGCAGUCAAUAAAGAGUAUCCUAAUGUAUGCAUCUUUGCUGUCCAGAUGUUCCAGGGUUGUGUGAAGAGCCAAAGAGAUGGCAUCUGCUGUGGAUCUCUUGCUCCAGUAGUCACAUUGGAGUGAAUCUAAGUUGCUUUGCAGGCACGAGUUGGUAUGUUUCAUCACCAACCUCUCAAAACACUUCGUCACCAUGGAUGCAAGUGCUACUGGGCCAUAGUCGUUGAGGCAUGUCACCACACUCUUCUUGGACACCAGUAUAACUGAAGCCUGCUUGAAGUAGGUGGGUACCACACACUGUCGAAGUGAGAGGCUGAAGAUCUUAGUGAACACAGCAGGCAGUUGAUUAGCACAGCUCUUUAGGACUUGGCCAGCUAUCCCAUCU